UUCAUAUAUGGAUUGCUUCUUGUACCAGUUUUAUAUUUGUGUGUGUGAGGCUGGAUGCAUUACUAAUAUCUUGAUUUUUGUGUGUAAUAUUAUAUGUCAGUUCAUAUAUGGAUUGCUUCGAAAGUGACACUCAUACCAAUUUAAGAGAUAAUGAGACGGCUACUCCUUUGGAUAACCGAUCACAAAAGGCAUCAAAUAUUAAUUUGUCUAGUGACACAAGUCUCCCUCCUCGUAAAAGGAGGGCAAAUAAGGACCCCUCAGUAGUGUGGGAUCAUUUCACUAAAAUAGAUGGAUGCCCUUUAAAUGACCCAAAAGCGGAGUGUAAUUAUUGUCACAAGCUUUACUCUUGUCAUCCCAAAAGACAUGGUACAUCAAGUAUGCUGCAACAUCUUGGUAUUUGUAAACAACAUCCUCAUAGAAUCAGAUUUACGGAUCAACAGAAUAUGAGUCGUGAUGGGCCUCUUGAGGGAGUUGGAGAUAGUGAUGUUAGUAACUCAGCAAAUGCACAUAAGUUUGAUUUGGAAACUGUACGAAUGGCAAUUGCUGAAAUGAUCAUUUGUGAUGAGCUUCCAUUUAGGAUAGUAGAAGCCCAGGGAUUUAGGAAGGUAUGUAGAUCUCUUGAACCAAGGUUUCAAGUGCCAUCUCGAACCACUGCAGCAAGAGACUGUAUUAAACUGUUUAAAAUGGAGAAGGAGAAGUUAAGGAAAAUUUUUAAGACGGUUGGGCGGGUUAGUUUAACCACCGACACAUGGACGUCAAUUCAAAACUUAAAUUAUAUGUGUCUUACUGCACACUUUGUUGACUCUAACUGGAAACUACACAAAAGAAUUCUAAACUUUUGUAUGAUCCCUAAUCACAAAGGAGAAACUAUUGGAAAGUGUGUAGAUUCAUGUCUACAAGAUUGGGGCAUUGACAAAAUCUUUACUGUUACAGUUGACAAUGCUUCCUCAAAUGAUGUUGCCAUUGAUUAUUUGAGAAAAUUUGUAGGAGGUCAUUUGUUUGAAGGGAAGUAUAUUCACAUCAGGUGUUGUGCCCAUAUAAUGAAUCUCAUUGUGAAUGAUGGGCUAAGAGAUUGUAAUGAUUCAAUCAUAAGGGUGCGCAAUGCAGUUAGGUAUGUUAGAUCAUCUCCCGCAAGAAUGGAGAAAUGCAAAAAGUGUAUAGAGAAGGAGAAAAUUGAUUGUACAAAAUUGGUAUGUCUUGAUGUUUCUACGAGAUGGAAUUCGACUUAUCUAAUGCUAGAAGUUGCAGAAACAUAUAAAAAGCCUUUUUUGCGAUUGGAGAAAGAUGAUGAUUCUUUUGUUCGUUAUUGUCGUAGUGUGAACUUGGGCCCCCCUAACUCUAAUGAUUGGGAGAGAGUUAGAGUAUUAAUAAAGUUUUUGAAGAUUUUUUAUGAUGCUACUGUGAGACUUUCUGGCUCUUUAUAUGUCACAUCUAAUUCAUAUUUCCAAGAGCUUUGUGGCAUACAAUCACAUUUGUCAAAAAUGAGUCAAAGUAAUGAUGCAGUGUUGAAAUGUAUGGCGGAAAAUAUGAAGAUUAAGUAUGACAAAUAUUGGGGAUCAAUUGAAAAGACAAACUUGUUGAUAUUUAUUGCUGUUGUUCUUGAUCCAAGAUGUAAAUUUAGUCUUUUGUAUUUUUGGUUCAAAAAGAUAUAUGGUGGUAAUUUAGUCGAAGAAAUGAUUGCAAUAGUGAAACACUUGAUGAUGGACAUUUACUGGGAGUAUAGUAUUGUGUAUGGGAGUUCAAGUGGAGUUUCCUAUUCUGAGCCUCAUUCCUCAGUUGAUCCUACUAUGAUUGAUUCUGAUUCUCAACAGAGUUUUUGGAUUGAGUAUGAGCAAGAAAUUAUUGAGUCUAAUUUGAUGAACAAAUCAGAGAUUGAUCAGUACUUAGAACAUGGAUGUGAGGCACGAGUUCCAAAUUUUAAUAUUUUGGAUUGGUGGAAGAUCAAUGAAGUAAAAUAUCCUAUUUUGGCAAAAGUUGCACAGGAUGUAAUGGCCAUUCCCGUUUCUACAGUUUCUUCUGAGUCAGCCUUCAGUGCAGGGGGUCGUGUGCUUGACCCAUUUCGUAGUUCACUAUCUCCAAGAACAGUUGAGGCACUUGUUUGUACACAAAAUUGGUUGAAGGAUCCAAUACCCAUUGAUCUUCGUGCCUCUUUGGAUAAUAUUGAAAGCUUUGAGGCGGAAUUAGAGUUUGGUCCAAAAUCAAGCUUUGCUUAUUAUGAUGAGAUUGAGGAGUAACUCAAGGCUUAUGCUCUAUAUGAAUGAUUCACUUGCAAAAUGGUGGAUUAAAAUGGAAUGUAGGUAGUAGCUUUGGAAGCCCAAGGAUGAGCGGAGGUUUUUGAAUUAUAAGGGAUGCAGGGGAAUUUUGUUGCUGCCUUCUCAAACUAUGGAAUUGGUUUUAAUAGGUUUUAAUGGCUUUAACAGUAAUUGUAUAGAAAAAGAUGUUUAUUUUGCAAUUUUUUUAUUGAUAGUUUUGUACUA